AAAAUACAAAUCAAAACUCUCAUGACAGUGAAGAAUAAACAACUGAAAACAAAACAGAAUCUAGAACGACUGAAACUGGAAACAGACCAGAACACACUGACAGUGUUGCAACACAGCAAAACAAUCCAACCAAGACAGAACAACAAAGGUGAGAAUAUAUAGGAGCUGGUAAUUGGAGGCAGGUGCCGCUGGUGACGAGCUGGGUGUAGAAACAAUCAGUCGUCCUGGCAACAGAGCUGACGUUCUCCACAUGGCACCUGCAAAGCACAAGAGGGAGAGAGAAAGGGAAACACAGACACACACACCAACACAAGACAGACAAAAGGGACUGUCCAGCCCAGACUGUGACAAUAUGAUCAUUUUCCACCCUGCUUUUGGGCCUUUGUCUGAAACACUCAGUUUUGGACUAAGCACCUCCUGAAAUGCCCACUGUUAUGAUUGGCUAACAUCGUGCAGCCCCUCAAAUUCAGCAAACUCAAUCGGAAUAGAAACCUCACAUUACAAAACAAAAUUGCAGGGUUUACACAUAACACACAUCCAACACAUUGCAUCUGAAUAUAUUAAACUGUACAUCUCAAGCCUAACAGCUAACACACAGCACCAUAAACUAUCAAACAGUCAUGACAUUUGAAAUAUUCUUGAAUGAAAUGGUUUACUUAUGUUUUUGAAGUGUUUUUAACUGCCCCAUCCUUCAAUAACAGUUCCUUUGCAAAGCUUGAAUCGCAUUAUGACUGGUUUACACGCUGACAUGAGCCGGAAAAAAAAUGAACACAUCAUAGUCCAAAGAACGGUGAAAUUACACACACACACAUACUGAAGGCGCACUGAGGUGGAUAUCACUGGAAACAUACAGAAACGGUCAAAGACGUUUGUAGAGCUGAGGAGGGCGGGGCCGGGCUGGAAUGAGACACACCCGGUCCCCAAUCAGCCUGAUGGGGCGCACGAGGGAUAAAGGCGGCCGGGGACGACAGUUCGAGAGAGAGAGAAUUGCAGGCAGCUGUACUGUGUGUUUUUGGUUGUGUGUUUUGUUUAAAUUGUUUAUUAAAUUAUUAUUUAUAUUAUUAAGCCGGUUCUCGCCUCCUCCUUUCCACUAAACCCCCUUACACUGGUGCCGAAACCCGGGAAGGAGGAGGGAUUCCUGUUGCAAAGUCCUCGACACCCAGGGGAGCGCCGCUGCCGUCCGACAGGGGACGGAGUAGCCCGACCACCCGGACGCGGGGAACGGCCACCGUCCACGAGGCGAGUGGGGACGGGACUCCCCGACCGCCUGGAGCGGAGGAGUGCCCUGCCAUCCCCCGGGAACGCGGAGGGUUGAGAGAAGACCGCCGUCCGCGGGGGGAGGAGGGAAGCGACUCCCCGACUGCCUGGAAUGGUAGGGCCGCUGCCAGGGGUGGAGGAGAGUCCCCACGGGACGCCAGGAAUGCGGAGGGGCGUUCUGUCCGCUGGGGGUCGGAGGUCUGACUCCGGUCCGCCUGGGGAGGAGCGGCUGCAGUCCGCCUGAGAGGGUGGAGUAGUGAUCGGGGACCAUGCGAUGGCGCAUCAGAGAACUGAUGUGCUUCAGUCUGAACUAACUGAACGUCUUUUACCAUGUGGGCCUGCAGUGUACUGUAGUAUGGAGUGAACUCUCAAGUCAUUCACUGGUUUAUUACCCCUGGAGUUUGCCCCACUGGAUGGUUGGAGGUGCCACCCCCUUCCUGCACCAUGACCGUCAACAGUCGCUCAGGGAAAUCCAAUCCGUUCUGGCCUUUUCCCAGCUUCUGGACACGGCAGGAGCGAGUGACGUUUUCUCGGAGCGAGAGUAUGCCCGGUGAGCCCGUCCUGAAGAUCACCAUCACAGAGACGACGGUGAUCGAAGAUGACUCGGGUGUGUGGAGCUCCCGGGCUCUGGUGUACCUGGUGCUGUGGUACUUCUUCAGUUUCUGUACGCUCUUCCUGAACAAAUACAUCCUCUCUCUGCUGGAGGGGGAGCCGAGCAUGCUCGGUGCCAUUCAGAUGCUGACCACUACUGUCAUCGGCUCUGUUAAAAUGUGUGUGCCUUGCCCGCUGUUCCAGCACAAAUCCCGUGCUGAAUAUCCCCCCAACUUCCUUAUGAUCAUGCUGUUCGUGGGACUGAUGAGGUUUACGACUGUGGUGUUGGGUUUAGUCAGCCUGAAGAAUAUAGCAGUAUCUUUCGCUGAGACGGUGAAGAGUUCUGCGCCCAUCUUCACUGUAAUCAUGUCACGACUCAUACUGGGAGAAUAUACAGGUUUCUGGGUGAAUUUGUCUCUGCUUCCUGUAAUGGCAGGUCUGGCUCUCUGUACAGCCACUGAAAUCAGUUUCAACAUGCUGGGCUUCUCCGCAGCCCUCUCCACCAACAUUAUGGACUGCUUACAGAAUGUGUUUUCUAAGAAACUGUUGAGUGGGGACAAAUAUAAAUUCAGUCCUCCAGAGCUUCAGUUCUACACCAGUGCUGCUGCUGUCGUCAUGCUCAUUCCCACCUGGGUCUUCCCCAUGGACAUUCCUGGGCUUAGGAAGAGUGAGCAAAACUUCAGGAUGUCUCAGGAUGUUGUGUUGCUACUGUUGUUUGAUGGCACCCUGUUCCACUUACAGAGCGUCACUGCAUAUGCACUCAUGGGCCGCAUCUCCCCGGUCACUUUCAGUGUUGCGAGCACAGUGAAACACGCUCUGUCCAUCUGGCUGAGCAUCAUUGUGUUCAGUAACUCCAUCACGGUCGUGUCUACGGUGGGGACGGUCAUGGUGUUUGCGGGCGUUCUGCUUUAUAACAAAGCAAAACAGAUGCAGAGAGAUGCUCUCAUCCAGUCAGCAGAAUCGGAGCAGAAACCCCUGACCCAGGAUUGUUUUACCUCUACCAAAUAAACUGAAAAGCCGCAUGUUUUAUUAUAUUGCUUAACUGAAUGUCGCCAUCUUUAUUGAGCUCUUUUGAGUUAAAUUCUAUGAUUUCACAUUCCAUCAUUUUCUUGACAAAGCAAAGAAUGUAUUUUGUGUCUCUUACAGUCCUGUGUAACAGAACUUUGUGUAAUUAUUGUAGCAAACCACAAUCUUUGUCCAUCAUUGUGUUUUUCUCAAUUAAUCAUGAUUUACUGUAGCCACAGGAAUUGUUGUAGAAAGUGAAUGAUUUUUCAUGAAUAUAUUUGUUUUCUUGUUUUUCAUUGCUCAGGCGUCAUGUCACUUAUUUUGGCUUAGAAAAUUGGAGCUAAUUUUGUCAUGUUUCAUUUUCUGAAAUUUUAGGAUUAUGUCCAGAGUACCAAAGUGUAUGUGAUCUUUCACUGUUGGGUUUUUUCUUUUUCUUCUUGUAUCCAAAUGUCUUUAGAGGGUUACACUGUAAAAACAGACCAGAUCAGAUAUGACAAAUACUUGCUGAAACUGGUCAAAGAAUAUUGCAUGUCUAAAGCAAUGAUUACAUACUGGUUCAUAAAUUUAUUCUGAUUAACUGUGGUGGGAUGUGCAAGAUUAAAUAUGUUUUAAUAAUGUAAAAUAACCACUAAAGGUAAUUGUCUGUAUAUGUGUGCAUUAGUCCAACACAUAUUUUCAUUUAAAUAAAUUUUGUAUUUCGCUAUUAAAUGUUUAAAGUGCAACAUCUGUGAAUUUCCAUGUGUUUAGCCUAAAAAACAUUUUGUCUCAUUCAGAAGGGAUUUGUGAGGCAAACAAAUUGUUUUAAUGCUUUGGAAUUUUCCACAUUUUCUUACAAAGUGCAGUUGACCCAUGCACAAACAUUCACGUUCCUGUGUUAUAAAGUGGGCUGAUUUAACAAAACCCAGCCCUACUCUCAUCUCAUUUAAAAUGGCCUUUGUGCAGAAGAUGCUGAAUAACGGCAGCAUUCUGUUGCCUUACAUACACUGCUGAAUAUGGGUCACACAGCUCAGGGCGUUCCUACAAGUUCAUGCGUGACUGUGUGAAAGUUAAAUGACUGCUCGUUAUAAUGUUUACAUUAGGUUGUUAUGUCUCUCUGCACAUUUUAUUGUUCCAUGUUUGACAGUUUGUUGUGAUGAUGUGGGUUCACUUGUGAUCUGGUUCGUGCUAUAUUUGGUUACAGACCAAUAAAAUGUAUUUGAUA